GUGAAACACGCUUCUGUCUACGAUCGCGCUUCAACGAAACAACCGUAUCUGUGCCACAUUCCACUCUUAUCGUGAUCACCAACGAAGAGGAGGAGGGCCUCCACCCCUCUCCACCCACGUCCCCGAGCAUUGUUACGCAAUGCACGCGGCUGACAUGCCAAGCAGGAUGGCGUAACUGGCUGGUCGAUCGCGAGGUGGUAUCAAAGAUACGGACAAUGUGACAGGAGAGUCCUAAACUCCUCAUUCCCCUCACACUGCUGCCUGAAUUCUCUGCAUAUAAUCGGAAUCACAAUAGAUAAUCUGAAGCCAUGGUUGCAGUUCAGCAAGGAAAGGUGCUCGUGACAGGGGCGAAUGGAUUCAUCGCGAUGUGGGUAGUGAAGCAGCUGCUCGACCAGGGCUACGUUGUCCGCGGCACUGUGCGCUCAGAGAGCAAGGCAAAGCACCUCCGCGAUGUGUUCUCCCACUACGGCGACAAGUUCGAGGUAGUCAUCGUCGAGGAUAUCACCAAGCUAGGAGCCUUCGACGAAUACGUCAAGGACGUCGAUGCAAUCGAGCAUACCGCCUCGCCAUUCCACUUCAAGGCGAACGACCCGGAUGAGCUCAUCGUCCCCGCCGUGCAGGGCACGACUCGCAUUCUCGAGUCCGCGCUCGCGCACGGCAAGAACGUUAAACGCGUCGUCAUAACCUCCUCCGUCGCCGCCGUCAUCGUUGUGCAGAGCACGCCGCGCACCUACACCGAGGCAGACUGGAACGACGGAGCGAUCCAGCUCGUCCGCGAGGAGGGCGCGAAGGCACCGAACCCUAUGAAGUACCGCGCGAGCAAGACGCUUGCGGAGAGGGCGGCUUGGGAGUUCGUGGAGAAGAACAAAGGGAAGCUGGGCUGGGACCUUGCCGUGGUGAACCCGCCAUACGUCUUCGGUCCUGCCAUUCAUGAAGUCGGCGCCCCCGAGACGCUGAACGAGAGCAUGUACGACUGGUUCCACACCGUGUUCAAGGGCUCGAAGACCAAAGAACAGCUGUCGUCAACUGGAGCAUGCUGGAUCGACGUCCGCGAUCUGGCUGAGGCGCAUGUCCUCGCGAUUAAGAAGCAGGAAGCAGGCGGUGAGCGGAUCAUCGUCUCGCAGGGGGCCUUUAAAUGGCAGGACUUCAUCAGUUCCGCACAGAGGUUCUACCCCACCGUUUCGCCCGGAGACGAGACCUACGAUCCCGCGAAGGCAACACACAUGGUCCAAUAUGAUACAUCGAAGGCAGCCAAGUUGUUGGGGAUCAAGUACCGCUCCAUCGAAGAGAGCACGAAGGACAUGGUCGAGGACUUCAAGGCUAGAGGUUGGAUCUGAAUGGAUGUGCGAUGGGACUAGGCAAUGCAUGAACCAUUUGUAUCAUUAUAUGAUACCUUCAUAGUACAUACUCGCCGACGAAAUUGUAUGUUGUAGCAAAGGGGAAGCAUUGAAUGCACCAGUACGGCAGCUAUAGAUCUCAGAUAUGCAAGGUUUAUCAGUAUUGGUUCAGCAGGAACCACACAGGACUCACGCAGGCAUGUUAUUAUGGCGGCCCGUUUGUGGAAAUAAUCGGAUCGCACGAAAUGUAAUAGUACCUACGAAAAGUAUAAUAAAUGCACGAAAUGUGUAUUCACGAAAUAUUUGGAACCACUCACGAAAACUUUGGAUGAUCACGAAACUCGGAAGGGUACACGAAAUGUAUGCUCACGAAAGUCGGCCUGCACGAAAUGCGCGCGCAGUGUGACGCGAGUGUGAUCAAGUGACCGUUU